UCUCACGACAGAGAUAUACACUGGUCUGGACCUUUUGUGGGUGUUAAUGGAGGAAAAAAAAAACUUUUUUAACAACCGAAUGCUUUGCUAACUUUGGUAAUGGUGGCUUAUUUUUUAUUUUUAUUAUUUUUUUAAUUACCGCUAUUUCAGAAUCAUACAAUAAUAGAUUCGGUUGGUAUAUAUUAUAUGGCUGCUGUUUUAACGCGGAUCUGUCCCUGUCUAAACUGUCUGUGGGACAAAUGUUUUGGCGAUCAGCAGCCAAAACAGGAUUUUGACAGAGGACUCGGUCCGGAUUCAGAUGAUAGUAACGAAGUAGAUACAGAGGAACGCUAUGUGGUCAGUAAUAACCCUCAGAACGAAGACACAAUUUACACGGCACUGUGGCGCUUCAAAGCCAGGACUGAAGAAGAGUUAACCUUUGAGGAAGGUGAUGUCUUUAAGGUCUUCACCUUUUCUGGCGAAUGGUGGCAAGCUGGGAAGUUAAGUCCCAGUGGAGAAGUAAUUGGUAAAGGAUUUGUGCCCUACAAUUACCUGGUGCGCGGAGAAAGCGUAGAAGCCCAAAUGUGGUACUUUGGGAACCUAAGUCGCUCCGAAGCCAUCACCCUCCUUCUUCAAUCGGGGAAUGGUAAUGGCACUUUCCUGGUCAGAAUCAGUGAGAAAGAGAAAGUUGGCUUUGUUUUAUCUGUGAGGGUUGGCACCAAUGUGAAACACUUCAAAGUUCUUCAGCGACACUCUGGGUUGUUCUAUCUCAAUGACAAACAUACAUUCUCAACCCUGCUUGAAGUCAUAAACUUCUACAAACAGCAUCAUCUCGCUCCGGGACUGAAACUAACCAAAGCAUGUACAAAACAAGAGCCGGUGUUGAAGGACCUGUCUCACUCUACUGUGGAUGCUUGGGAACGGCCAAAAGAGGAGUUUACGCUUCAUUCAAAACUGGGCGCUGGGAAUUUUGGUGAAGUCUUUGAAGGAUUUUGGAAACAGCAGGUCAAAGUGGCAAUUAAAGUGUUGAAAAAGGAAACCAUGAAUUUCAAAGACUUCCAGGCCGAGACUCAGAUCAUGAAAAAACUCUCUCAUAAACACCUGAUCUCCCUCUACGCUGUGUGUACGAGUGGGGAUACAUUUUACAUCGUGACUGAGCUGAUGGAGAAAGGGAGCCUCCUACAAUAUCUCAGGAGUAAGGAGGGCAGCACGUUAAGCUUGCCCCACCUUCUAGACAUGGCAAGCCAAGUCGCCUAUGGGAUGUCCUACCUGGAAUCCAAGAACUUCAUCCACCGUGACUUGGCAGCGCGAAACGUUCUGGUCGGGGAAAAUGGCAUCUGCAAAGUAGCGGAUUUUGGAUUGGCUCGGGUGAUUAAGGAUGAAUUUUAUUUGUCUGACGAGAAGCGGAUUCCCUACAAGUGGUCCGCUCCAGAAGCGAUAAGUCACGGGCGUUUUUCUAUCAAAUCUGACGUGUGGUCAUUUGGAAUUCUUCUGUAUGAAAUUGUCACCUAUGGUCAGGUGCCUUACCCAGGGAUGCCUAAUCAUGUCUUCCUGGAAGUGGCGAAAGGGUACCGCAUGCCAUGUCCUGACAACUGUCCCCAGGCUGUCUAUGACAUCAUGAUGUCCUGCUGGGAGAAGAAAACAGAUGCGCGUCCUGAAUUCAAGCAGCUGGUCUGGAAACUAGACAAUUGUACCAGCUACGAAGAACAGACUUCCCAGGAGUGGGGAUAAGAGACCAGUGGAACCUCCCAGCUGAUGCACGAUCACAUUAUCACUAAUGCACACUUGGCUGAAUAUAUUAAAGGAGAACCUAUAGGACACACAAUAUUGGCAGCAAAAAUCGUGUGGAGUAGUUCUGUGCUACAUAUAUAUUCAAGUUAUAUAGGUGCAGUGUAUAUAUUGGUAUUACAUGUGGAUACGUGCAGUUGAACAUCACUUAUAUAAUAUGAUUUGGGUGAACUAGGUGCAGAGUCCUUUGAUACCACCAGAGGGCCACCUUCUCUGCUACAAAUAGACAGUGCAAACUAUUUGUAUUUGGGAUGCAGUAAUUUUCAAUGAAGGAGAUUCUUAACAGUUUUGUGGAGUAAUCUAUAGAUUGAACAGGAAGAAAUCCAAGGUCAUGGGGUUUGGAAGCUAAAUUCAGAGCUGCUAAUGAACUUUCUAAUAGCUAUAACCACAACAUGAAGAUAAGUAAAACAUUGCUAGAUAGAUAACCGUAGAUUAAGGAAAAAAGAAAAUAAAUGCUAGCAUGCUUCUCAAUCUGUCAACCACCUAUGGUGCCCCCUGUUGGCGGGAUGUUAGUAUUGCAAGGCUGCAAUCUUUUCACACCUCUGCUCAGUGUUUAUAACAAAAACUGUGCUUGACAUAUGAUAUGCAAAAUCUCCUAAUAUAUUUCUUUUUUUUUCUUUUAAAUGAUCAACAUGAAUAUUUUGUGAGCCUCUUAUUCUCCUUUUUGUUGAGCUGAAUAGUUUGAUCAGUUAAUUGACAGAUCGACCCAUACUUUUAAGAGGCUAAAGUAAUAUUAAGACAGUAGUUGGCAAGACAAUAAUCUACAGGUUUGACCAUUAAAUGUAUUUCUGUCUCACAAAAA